AUGGCCGCGCAUGUUGAGGUCGUCUCGACCGAUUUCAGGCGGGCCAAGAUCAAGGUCACACCAGGGACGUAUCUGGUCGACGUUCUGGAUGAGGCAUGUAAGAAGCUGAACCUGAAGAGCGACAAGUAUGAGCUCAAAUACAAACAAAAGCUUGUCGACCUGUCCAGUCCGUACCGGACAUCAGGACUCGGCCCCGGUGCCAAGCUAGAACUCGUGCAGAAGUCGAAGAGCGCCUCAGUAGUGUCUAUCGCCCUUGACGUCAAUGGCCAGCGUUACACCAAGAAGCUUCCCAGUGACAUGUCGUUGUGGAAGGUGCUGCGGCAGUUUGAGAGCACAGAGAAUGGCCUCAAUAUCACAGGAAGGAGCGUGGCUCUGGGCACUAACAGUGGCCAGCUGUACUACGACGCUCCUGUCGUGAACAUAAUGGGCAGGGAAUAUUCGGCUCUAGAGGACCUCCAGAAGACGUUGUCGCAAUGUGGCAUCACAUCCGGCAGCAUCGUGCUCAGAAUUACCUUCAAGGUCAGCGAGCGGACGCUGUACGACGCCAUGCAAGAAAUCUCUCAAUAUCUCAACAACGUGGAACCAGAACAGGCGAAACCUGGGGAAAGGGGAGAUGCCAAGGAUGCUGCAGUUGCUGAGGAGCCGAAAGCAGGUGAUGUACCCAUCGAGGAAACGUCAGCCCGUGAGGCCGUCCCGCAAGCGAGCGCCGAGGCAGCAGCACCAGGUGCGGCAGUGGAACCCACAAGAGACAGCGAACCGAUGCAAGUAGAUGAACCGGCAGCAGAGACCGCAGCAUCAGCGGAUCCCCUCCAACCGACUGGUGUCUUCUCAGCCCCCGCUUCAUCGACUCCGGCCGCCGCCCGCAUUCACGAGGACGACUCGGUCUACGAACCAACGAUCGCACACGCGCAGCUCCGCCAACAGCAGCUGCUUCAGCGAGCGCAAAACACUCGAUUGAAAUCAGACGAGGAACUGGCGGCCGAGGCAGCCGAGGAAGCAGCCAGGCUAGCCAGGAUCACUAAAGUUGAGGUCAAGGUCCGAUUCCCAGACCAGACCUCAGCUGUGUGGACCGUGGGCCCCGAUGAGACCGGAGCCUUCCUCUACCAGGCCAUUCGUGGCGUCAUGGCCCAUCCCAACCAACCGUUCAAGCUCAUCCUUCCCGGCCCCAAGACCGUUAUCCAGGAGAACGAGAAAAGGCUGAUUGCUGGAUAUCGCCUCAAAGGGCGGGAGAUGUUGCACUUGCUCUGGGAAGACUCGGUGCCAGCUGCUACACGUAAGGAGGCAUUCUUGAAAGGCAGUGUGGCAAGCAGGGCGCAGGAGGUUGUCGUACCGGACAUUCCGCAGAGCGGUCCGGAUGAGGAGAGGGAGGGCGCUGCCGCAGGACCGUCGACUCAGCCGGUUAAGCAGGAGAGGAGCAGGAGCGGCGCUGGUCUGGACUCGGACGCUGUUAAGAAGAAGCUGAGCAAGUUCUUGGGGUUGGGGAAGAAGUAA